AUGGGAGGACUGAGGGCCGCUAUGGUGGAGACUGGAGCAUUUGCAUCGGACUGGUUCUCUGCCAAUCGCUUCCUCCUCAAUGAAGACAAAACUCAGUCUAUUGUGUUCAGUCUCAGAAAUGGGAAUGAAUACAAUUUUGCGCCUGUCAAACUGUUAGGGUUUACCCUUGACAGGAAGCUCUCAUGGGGCGAGCACAUUGAGACAGUUUGCGCCAGGUUGAGCAGAGUGGUUUUCCUGCUGAGGGGUCUCAAAUACAGUGUGCCACCUCAUUAUCUUAAAAUGUGCUAUUUUGGCUUUUUUCAGAGUGUGAUUUUAUAUGGCCUCCCCCUCUGGGGUGGAGCCACAGAUGUCGCCCGAGUCCUUCGUCUCCAGAAGAGGGCCCUGAGGAUUAUUUGUGGGGCUGGUAGAUUAGCCCACUGUCGCCCACUCUUUAUCAAAGAGAGGAUCCUCACCGUCUUCUCCCUCUAUGUUCUCCAUACCCUUUGCAGAACACAUGCGAACGUGGGGUUGCUCGUGACCCAACAGAGCUUCCACCCAUAUGAGACUAGGGGUAGACUCAGGCUGGAUUUACCCUACCAGAGGCUGAGCAGAACUCGGACUGGUCUGGCUCAUAUGUCUAUCAGCCUCUAUAAUAGGCUGCCUCUGUUGGCCAGGGAUCUGCCUGCGGUGCGGUUUCAAGGGGCUCUGAGGAGCCUGCUGACGGAUCACCCUCUGUACUCACUCCGUGAGCUCUGUAUGUUGGAGAGCAGUGUGAAAUGGUUAGAUUCGAAUCUAGAAUGGAUCAAUAAUGUUCUACUAAAUAGAAAAUUGGAAGUAAAACAUGAAAAUUUUCAUCUACAAGAGAAAUUAAUAAUGGGUGAUGCGUAUAAGGUGAAAAAAAUUACUCAUGAUCAAUUGAUCUCAGCAUCAAAGAGUUUAAUAACUCUAUUCGAAGAACAUGCCGAACUGUUUGGACAAUUGGCUUGUUUGAAAGAGAACUGGGAGCUUGGGUGCUUCAUGGAUUAUGAUGUCAAUUACUUGAAAGAUUGUUUGAAAAUCUUCAAUCUAUGUGUUCAAGAUCCAACAAUUUCUCAUUUAUUGGAAAUGGAUUUCUCGCAUGUCGUUAACGAUGAUGUUAUAGACAAUGUCUACAAGCUGUGCAGUUACUUUGGAGCAUUUCCUUGUAAAAGCUAUAAUAAUAUAGUCAUCACUGAAGACUUUCUUCUUCCUGUUCUCCUGUUCAUGAAACUUAUGUCCAAGGCUGGAUUCACAGAAGACUCGGUUUGGAAGGUCCAUGUCGUGAAAGAGGGUGAAUCCAAAUUAAAAACCUCAGUAAUAGAAGAAGGAGUAAUGCUUGUUUUUGGCGACGGUGACGUUGAUAGUGCAAUAGACACUCUCAUCAACAACUAUUUGCAUGGACCGAAACAGAGAAUGUGGAUAAUUAAGAAAGUACUUGUUCAAGAAACUGUAUACGACUUAUUCAUUCAAAAUCUUGUGAAACAAAUAGUUAAAAUCGAUUCUCUACCAUCAGACUAUGCCAAAAAUCUGGAUGAACUGGAAAAAAAUAUUUCAGAUGCAAAAUCGGUUGGAAUAGAGGUUCUUGAGACGACAUUUUCAAAGACUGGUUUGAAGGGCCCAAUAAUAUUUAAAGGCGAACCUCCAAGCUGUGCAUCAUUGAAUCAGAAUAAUCUUCUACUACCAUUCAUCGCCACGCAACCAUUUCGAACUACUGAGGAGUGCAUUACUCUUGCAAAUAACAACAUUUGGUGCACCAAUGCUUCUCUCUGGACUGAAUCUGAGGCGUUGGCUAUGAAAGUCCAUAAACUAUUGCGGAUGAACACUAUUUGGCUGAAUGCACAUGGUUUAAUGGACCCUCUGGUACCGAUUUAUUGUCCAACUAAAAUGGCAUACUUCUCGAUCAAAUGGGAUACCUAUCGCAAAAGGAUUCACAAUGAACCUCCUGGACAAAGGUACGCAGGAAUCAAUGUGUGCCCAAACAAUGUUAAGCAGAAGGCUACAAAGGCUUCCCAAGAGUGGCAGAAAGUUGAUUUGCUACAACGUGCCAAAACUCUAUCGAAUAUUGCUUACAAUUUCCGUAAAAGUACUGAUUCGGAAGAAGUCCAGCAUGCAGCUGACAUCUUUUCUUACUUUGCCGAGAAAUGCCACAGAUCCACUCACAGUGCAUCGAUUGUAACAAAGAAAGGCCUCUAUCAGAUUUCAUUUGAGCCAAAUGCAUUGGACUACACUUUUGUUCCUUCAGAUAUGAAUGAUUUUGAAGAACUAGCUUUACUUGUUGCUCCAGUGAUUUGCUAUGGAGCUCCCUUGGUUUUUUUAAUUAAAAAUAAUGGUAAAACCAAUAAAUAUGACCAAUUCAUAGAAAUCCUACUGUUGAGUGGGCUACCACAAAAUCUAUUUCCUCUUGCCAACUCUGACCCCAAUUAUGAUGCUCUAAUAAAUUUUGAUGAUAGCAUACAUAGAAAACUGAAGAAACUAUUAGUUGCGGGCAAUUAUAAUAGAAAUACUUUCAAUUUUGUACUGAGAUCCCUUUCAUACCAUACAUCCUUGCCAAAGGUAUUAUGGAUGCCAAACUAAAUAAUGAUUUCUUCCAUGAAGCUGAAUUAAUGAUUACUCCAAUAGUGCCUUAAAGGUUUUUGUCAUCUGAUAUAUAUUUCUAGGUAAUGACAUAGAUUUUUCAUUGACUUUGAUAAUUUAUAAGGCUUGUCUAGAAAAGUAACAGUAUACUUAUUACUGUACUUUCCUAUUAUUCCAACUAUAUCAAGUACUAUAAAUAUCUGUACUAUCCUAACCAAGCGAAGAUCUGGUCGAUAUUCGAAGCUAAAAGUAGCAUUUCAAGUAGUACUAGUUUUGAGUAGAAAUUCAUUCCAAGUAGCCCAAGUUUAUAGAGUCAAAAUAGUUGUUUAUGGUAAAGCUGCGUUUACACCAAAGUUAUUAAAAAAAUGUUAAUAGCUCAAUCUUUAUAAAUUCUAUUAGAUUGAACGGAACUUGACAAACAAAUAUUUCAUCAUGUGUAUGAUAAUUUAUGUUCAAUUUAAUAGAAUCUAUAAAGAUUAAGUUAAUAACUUUGGUGUAAACGCAGCAUAAGCAAAUCAGAUUGUUGGUAGAGGAUAAAUUGAUAACAUGAAACAUAAACCCGGCUAAAUACUGGUUAUAGUGGGCUUUGUAUAACAAGUGAAUUUAUUAAAUCUAAUUUUAAGUUUACUAUGGAAGCUUAAUUAUUAAGAAAAACGAAUGGCUCAAUGUUUGACUAUAUAUUAUUUGAAUUAACUAUAUAUUACUGCAUGUAAAAACGCAAUUUUUAAUCCAACAUUAUAAUAUUGAAGCGAAGACUGUACUUUUUGGCUGAAUUUAUUUAAUAAAUUAUCUGUCUAAUUCAUAUUUAGAAACAAUAUUAUUCGGGUGAUUAAUCACCGAUGUAAUCAAGAAAUGUUUGAAUAAAUCUAUUAAAUAAUGUU